UUUUUGAUCUGGAGGACCUCCUCUAUCCGUACAUACCCAUUUUAACCCCGAAAUCGGAGGAUGCUAUUCUAAAUCGCAGCCUAAAUAAUUUGCUUUUGCUGGUAUAUUAUUCGUGUGUAUGAAAAUACACGUGAGUUCAUCGAUAGGUAAUACAAUAUCAUUUCUGGGUACAUCCAUCCUAAUGGAAAGCACAUCCUUAGUUAGUCUGCGCUCUAAAUUGUGCAGUUGUUUGCAAAUACUACGCCUUUAUGAUUGGCUUGUAAAUUCAUAUAUAUUGCAAAGGAGUUUUAGUUAUUUUUUCAAGCACUUUAAUUUACAGGAUUUUUACAUUGAUAAUCAUUGGAAUAAGUUGCCGGAAAGUUGGCGGCUACAUUUGGAACAGUUACAUCCUGAAGAGUUGGCUACUCUUUUAAAUUAUAACAAGUUUAGCAAGCAGAAGCAUGCUGUUUGGCCAUUGUCAUUAUUAGCUUUACGUCACUUAUUAUUACAAUUGAGUAUACCAAGAAAUCAAUCUACAAAUUCAAUCGAUUUGAGUGUAUCGCAGAGGCCUGUUCUCAGCGACAGAAAGCUUGGGCAUGCAUUUAAUAAAUGCGUUAAACCUAAGAAGCGCCAUGAAAUACAGUUAAUGGCAUCUAUUUGUGAAUACAGCUGUCAAAUAUCACCGGUUGAUUUUGUUGUGGAUUUCGGCGCGGGCUUAGGGCAUCUCGCACGAGUACUUGGUUAUGGCUACGGUGUACGAGUUUCUUGUAUAGAAAUGCGUUCAGAACUUAAUUUACAAGCACGCUGUAUUGACACAAAAUUGGAAAGUGUUCUUCAAAAACAUUUACCAUCAGAGAAUCUACCGUGUUUUAAACGACCAAAACAUGUAACAUUAUGCAUAACACCAGACAUGCAACCACAUCAGUUUCUUCAUAUAAUUGCGGAAUCACAACAUAAGACAAAUACAAAUUUUAAGUUUGGGAUAAUUGGUUUACAUCCCUGUGGUGAUUUAGCAGUUAUAUUAAUGCGUAUGUUCACAAAUAUUCCUCAGGCUCGUUUUCUUAAUUUUGCUAGUUGUUGUUAUAUGAAAUUAACUACGGCUGAAACACAAUCUAAUAUUAAACUACAAGGAUACCCUCUUAGCCAAUACUUAUUAAAACAACAGGAAUUCUCGUUUUUGAGUUAUGAAGCUCUCGAGAUAUCUUGUCAUGCUAUGGAAAUAUAUUGCGAUCGUCUGGCUAGAGGUGAUUAUGAAUAUUUAAAAGUACAUUCUUUUCGAGCGGCGGCAGAGCGAAUCAUUAUUAACCAAUGGCCCAAUUUAAGACAUUGUGGGCUACGAAGUGUUAAGCAUGUUCCUGGUAUGGACUUCGAAGAUUAUUUCUACAAAGCGACUCAAGGAGUUGAGGCGUCCAAUUUACCACGUUCUGAUUUGCAAACUACAACAACUCAAAAUGAUUUACUUCAUUGGCAACGAAUUGUUAUUUUUUACACUCUCCGACUUAUGUUUGCACCGCUAAUAGAGAGUAUAAUACUUUAUGAUCGGGCUUUAUAUCUUCAAGAAAAUGAGUGUCAAGUAAAUAUUAAAGCAGCUUUUGAUCCUCGCAUAUCCCCGCGGAAUCACAUAACUUGUUCCUUCAAACUCAAAUAAUCUUGUUGAUGUUAUUUAAUAUUUUCCAUACAAGUUCCGCUACAGUAAGUUAUUGCCAUGCUGGAAAAUAUAGAAAGCUUAAACCUUAUACAUGUAAUAAAUGAUAAAUUAAAUUCUGCCAAUUUAUAAUUAAA